AUGAGCUUGGAGGAUGGGUUGAAUGGUGCUAUACCUUCACAUGAAGCCAGCACAUCAAAAGGGCUAGAGGUCACCAAGGAUGGGGACAAGGAAUCGGAGAAGAGGAAAAGAGAUGAGGAGGCUAAGAGGGUUCCAUGUUACGAGUUGUUCAGUUUUGCAGAUUCGCUUGACAUCCUCUUAAUGAUCAUCGGCUCAAUAGGUGCCAUUGAGAAUGGGAUCGGUACACCCAUUAUGACGAUACUAUUUGGUGAUUUGGUUGAUUCUUUUGGUCAGAAUCAGAGUAACGGUGGUGUCGGUGUGGUCUCCAAGGUGGCUUUGAAAUUUGUAUAUCUGGGAUUAGGGAUUGCUGUGGCAGCCUUUCUUCAGGUAACUUGUUGGAUGGUUACUGGAGAGAGACAGGCUGCUCGAAUCAGGGGAUUGUAUCUAAAAACUAUAUUAAGACAAGAUGUUGCUUUCUUUGAUGUUGAGACAAAUACAGGAGAGGUUGUAGGGAGAAUGUCCGGUGAUACUGUCCUCAUACAAGAUGCCAUGGGCGAGAAGGUUGGAAAAUUUCUACAGCUGAUAUCAACAUUCAUUGGAGGAUUUGUGAUAGCAUUUAUUAAAGGAUGGCUUCUUACCCUCGUCAUGUUAUCUUCUAUACCUCUUCUUGUGAUGGCUGGUGGAGCCAUGGCCCUCAUAAUUUCGAAGAUGGCAUCUCGAGGACAAAUUGCUUACGCAAAUGCAGCCAAUGUAGUUGAACAGACAAUUGGUUCUAUAAGAACGGUUGCAUCAUUUACUGGAGAGAAGCAAGCGAUAAACAACUACAACAAGUUUCUUGUUACUUCUUAUAAAUCAGGUGUUUAUGAAGGGUUGGGUGCUGGAUUAGGUAUUGGAAUGGUGAUGUUGAUAUUUUUCUGCAGUUAUGCUUUGGCUAUAUGGUUUGGUGCAAAGAUGAUUCUGGAGAAAGGAUAUACUGGGGGUGAAGUCCUUAAUGUGAUCAUCGUUGUGACCACUGGUUCAUUGUCUCUUGGACAAGCAUCUCCCUGCAUUAGUGCAUUCGCUGCUGGUCAAGCAGCAGCAUAUAAAAUGUUUGAGACAAUUGAAAGAAAACCAGAAAUAGAUGCUUCUGACAUAAAAGGAAAGAUAUUGGAUGAUGAUAUACGAGGCGAUAUAGAGCUGAAGGAUGUAUAUUUCAGUUACCCAGCUAGACCAGAUGAACAAAUAUUUAAUGGUUUCUCUCUUUCCAUCCCAAGUGGCACAACUGCAGCUUUGGUUGGGCAAAGUGGAAGUGGGAAGUCUACAGUGAUUAGUCUGAUAGAGAGAUUUUUUGAUCCACAAGCUGGUGAAGUUCUAAUAGAUGGAAUCAACCUGAAAGAGUUCCAACUUAAAUGGAUUAGAAGCAAAAUUGGUUUGGUGAGCCAAGAACCUGUGCUCUUUACAUUCACUAUAAAAGAUAACAUUGCAUACGGGAAGGCUAAUGCAACUAUUGAAGAGAUAAGAACUGCUGCAGAGCUAGCAAAUGCUGCUAAGUUUAUUGAUAAACUACCUCAGGGUCUAGACACAAUGGUUGGAGAGCAUGGAACUCAGCUCUCUGGUGGACAAAAACAAAGAAUUGCGAUAGCAAGAGCCAUAUUGAAAGAUCCACGUAUUUUGCUUCUAGAUGAAGCUACAAGUGCACUUGAUGCAGAAUCCGAGAGGAUAGUUCAGGAAGCAUUAGACAGGAUUAUGGUCAAUCGAACAACUCUCAUUGUUGCCCAUCGCUUGAGCACUGUGAGAAAUACUGAUAUGAUUGCUGUCAUUCAUCGAGGAAAGAUGGUUGAAAAAGGUUCACAUUCGCAACUGCUCAACGAUCCUGAUGGAGCAUACUCUCAACUUAUACGUUUACAAGAAAUAAAUGAAGAAUCAGGAAAUGCAGCAGAUGACCAAAAUAGAUCAGAAUCUUUUAAACAAUCAAGUCUGAGAGGGUCGUUGGGACGAUCCAUUAGUCGAGGAUCAUCUGGAAUAGGAAGCAGCAGUCGCCACUCAUUCUCAGUCUCAUAUGGGGUACCUACAGGAUUUAAUGUUACCGAUACUGUACCAGUAGACCAACAUGUCCCUUCAAUAGAACAACCUCCAAAGAUCUCCAUCCGUCGCCUUGCUGCCCUCAAUAAGCCAGAGAUUCCAGUUCUUCUACUUGGCACAGUAGCUGCAGUAGCCAAUGGAGUAAUACUUCCUAUUUUUGGCAUACUAAUCUCCAGUGUAAUUGAGAUAUUCUUUAAACCACCUCAUGAACUGAGAAAAGAUUCAAAAUUCUGGUCAAUAAUUUUUAUGGUGCUUGGAAUAGCAUCACUAUUGGCUUAUCCGGCGCAAAAAUACUUAUUGUCCGUAGCAGGCUGUAAACUGAUACAACGGAUUAGAUCAAUGUGUUUUGAGAAGGUAGUUCACAUGGAGAAAGGUUGGUUUGAUGAGAUUGAACACACAGUUGCUCUGGUUGGAGAAAGUGGGAGUGGAAAAUCAACAGUGAUAUCAUUGUUGCAAAGAUUCUAUGAUCCUGAUUCUGGUCAUAUUACACUUGAUGGAGUUGAAAUUCAGAAGCUACAGCUUAAGUGGUUGAGGCAGCAGAUGGGUCUUGUUGGCCAAGAACCAGUUUUGUUCAAUGACACAAUUCGUGCCAACAUUACGUAUGGAAAGGAAGGAAAUGCAAGCGAGGCAGAGAUAUUAGCUGCUUCAGAAUUGGCCAAUGCUCACAAAUUCAUUAGUAGCUCGCAACAGGGAUAUGAUACAGUAGUUGGAGAAAGAGGUGUGCAAUUGUCAGGUGGGCAAAAGCAACGUGUAGCUAUAGCUAGAGCUAUAAUAAAAAAUCCGAAGAUAUUGUUAUUAGAUGAAGCAACCAGCGCCCUUGACGCCGAAUCAGAGCGUGUGGUUCAAGACGCGUUGGAUCGGGUGAUGGUGAAUCGGACAACAAUAGUAGUGGCUCAUCGGUUAUCUACUAUCAAGAAUGCAGAUGUUAUAGCCGUUGUUAAAAAUGGAGUUAUUGUAGAGAAAGACAGAUUUUAUGCCUCUUUGGUAGCACUUCAUAUGAACAGUUCAAGAAACUAG